AUGGGUAAAUGGCGAUGGGGCGUGAUCCUGGACGCGGGUUCGUCGGGAACUCGAGUCUACGUCUACAGAUGGCUCAAUGCAGCCCGAGCCAAACACGAUGCAAAGCCCGAGGACCUGCUCCGACUGCCAAAGCUCCAUAUGAAGUCGGAGAAGAAGAUCAAGCCGGGCGUGUCGACCUUUGGUGACCGGCCAGACGCGGUUGGGCCCGAACACCUCAAGGAGCUACUCGACCAUGCCUUGAACAUCAUUCCGGAGGACCAGGUGAAGGAUACGCCGAUAUUUCUGAUGGCCACUGCAGGAGUGCGCCUGCUGGAGCCCCUGCAGCAGAAAACCCUGUUGAACUCGAUAUGUACCUACGCGCGAGCACACACGGAAUUCUCGUUACCAGACUGCGAUUUGCACAUUCAGGUCAUCCCGGGUGAGACGGAAGGCUUGUACGGCUGGAUCGCGGCAAACUACCUGUUAGGAGGCUUCGAUAAGCCCGAGAAGCACAUGCAUGGCAAAGGCCACCACACUUAUGGAUUCUUGGAUAUGGGCGGUGCUUCGGCCCAGAUUGCCUUCGCACCUAAUGCUACCGAAGCAGAGAAGCACGCCAACGACUUGAAGCUUCUACGGAUGAGAACUUUGAAUGGAGAUUCCUCUGAAUACAAGGUCUUCACAGCCACAUGGCUAGGAUUUGGAGUGAACCAAGCAAGGGAACGAUAUGUGGAAGCGCUUAUGGAUGCGACGUACACGAAAUCCCUACGCGAGUUACCAGACCCGUGCUUGCCCUCGGGCUUGAAAACCACGUUGAAAGGGCAGAUCAUCGAUGGAUCCUCAAGCAAGGAUCCUGUCCUGGUUGGUACGGGGCGAUUUGACGAAUGUUUGAGACAGACUUACCCCCUUCUUGACAAGGAUGCCCCUUGCGCAGACUUGCCAUGCCUACUGCACGGACAGCAUGUGCCUGCUAUCGAUUUUAAUGUAAAUCACUUCGUCGGGGUCUCGGAGUACUGGCAUACUACGCACGAGGUGUUCGAGAUGGCCCACAAGGAUAAGGCUUACGACUUCACCGCGUACCAAGCCCUGGUGAAGGAUUUUUGCAGCGAGGAGUGGCAUGAUAUUAAGGAAGGUGUGGAGGAGAAAAAAUGGGGGAAGAAGGUUAGCGAGAAAACUGCGCAAGAAGUGUGUUUCAAAGCCUCGUGGCUGAUCAACGUUCUCCAUGAUGGAAUCGGUAUACCGAGAGUGGGGAUUGAGAAGGGCGUCGCAUUCGGAUACAACGGCACGAAAGAAGUGGUCGCCUCCUCGAAAGAGAGAGGAUUCAUGGAUUCUUUCCAAGCCGUGAAUAAGAUCGAUGGAAUGGAAGUGAGUUGGACAUUGGGCAAGAUGGUUCUCUACGCUGCAGGCCAAAUCCCGCCUUCGACUCCAGAGGCUGGCCCCGUCGGAUUCGGCAGCAACCUGGUCCACAACGACUUCCAAGAGGCUGGCUCGAACUCGAAUCCGGUACCAAUGGAUGAGCAAGACAGCUGGACCGAAACAGUCGAGGACCUCUCGGAAAAGGCUCAUUCGCGGACCACUCCCGGCUUCCUCUUCUUCAUGCUCGUCCUCAUCAUCACUUGCUAUUUCUUUCGCAAGCGCGAGCGCCGUCUACGCCUCUAUCGCAGCUUUAACAACUUCCGCCGAAACCGCCGCCCAGGCAGUCCUCGCAAGGGCGGCCGGGGCUUCUUCCACUCCAACAAGCUGUUUGGAGGCCAUAGCUCGGGGAACUAUGACCGUGUUCUCGAAGAUGGCGAAUCAGCGCAUGAGUUUGAAAUGAGCGAUGUCGAUUCUUCCGAUGAUAAUGAGAAUUCGGACAGCAGCGGUAGCGCCGGGUCGCGUCUGGGCCGUACAUCCGGCCUAGCAACACCCAAGCUGAGCGUGGUGAAUUUUGAUUCGAAUACCUAUUACGAGAAUAUGCCGAAGCACGAGGGCGUUGGGUUGGGGCUGGGCAGCGUAAAUGCAUUUGACCGCGCGGGGUUGGUAGUACGAAUGGAGAGUCGGGAGCGCUUGGGACCUAAUAUGCAGAUGCUGGGGGCGGGGCGGAGAUCUAGGGCUGGCUCUCCGACGCGCAAAAGCCCCCUCGCCACGAUACCAUUGGACGAGGAUUAA